AUCUUUUACAGAUUGUGGCGGGUUUUUUACAGAUCCGUUUGGCAUCAUCGCGAGCCCAAACUUCCCGUCGAAUUACACUAACGGCGUUCGAUGCACCUGGUUCAUCAACGCACCAGAGGGCUACCGGAUAAAUGUGCAUACUUGCCGUGCAAAUUAUUGUUCAAUCAACUAACAAGUUUUUUUUUUAAAUCUGUGUAUGGUAUUUUAUAAAAAAGUGGAUCAUAUUCAAAUAGCAUUGGACAUUUAAACGUGGUCUAUUAAUUGAAAAUAUGUAUCCAAACUACAAUAUUCUUUACAAGAGCAAAGUUUCACCACAAUAAAUUCACACUGAAUGACUUCUCUUUUUUGUAUAUAGGUGACAUUUACAGAGUUUGCACUGGAGUACCACGCCGAGUGCGAUCAUGACUACCUGGAGCUCCUCAAUGGACCUAACGCCUCCUCUCCGUCUAUCGAAAAGUACUGCGGGACAGCGCUACCUAUCGCAUUUCAGUCGCAGUCGAACUCUGCACGUAUUGUCUUUUCUACAAACUCCAUCGUUAGUGCGAGGGGUUUCAAUCUGACGUACACAUUUUCCGGACAAGAGUGCAGCGGGGUCCUGACAGAUCCGUUAGGCAUCAUCACGAGCCCAAACUUUCCGUUAAUUUACAGUGACAACGUUCAAUGUAACUGGGUCAUCAAAGCACCAGAGGGCUACCGGAUAAAUGUGAGCUUUACAGACUUUGCACUUGAGGUCAAUUGCAAUAAUGACUACCUGGAGCUCUUCGACGGACCUGACGCCUCCUCUCUGUCUAUCGGAAAGUACUGCGGGACAGCGCCACCUAUGGCAUUUCAGUCGCAGUCGAACUCUGCACGUAUUGUCUUCUCUACAGACUCCACCGUUAGAGCAAGGGGUUUCAGACUGACGUACACAUUCUCCGUUGAAGAGUGUGGCGGGAACUUGACAGGUCCGUUUGGCUGCAUCACGAGCCCAAACUUCCCGUCGAAUUACACUAACGGCGUUCGAUGUACCUGGGUCAUCAACGCACCAGAAGGCUACCGGAUACAUGUGACAUUUACAGAGUUUGCACUGGAGAAGCACGACGAGUGCGAAUAUGACUACCUGGAGCUCCUCGAUGGACCUUACGCCUCCUCUCCGUCUAUCGGAAAGUACUGCGGGAUAGCGCAAACUAUGGCAUUUAAGUUGAAGUCAAACUCUGCACGUAUUGUCUUCUCUACAAACUCCAUCGUUAGUGCCAGAGGCUUCAUUCUGACGUACACAUUCUCCGAACCAGUAUUAGGGAGCGCGUGCUCUGCGGAUAGCAACUGCAGCGAAGUCACGAAUGCGAUUUGCCAUAACAACACGUGCAAGUGUUCUGCCAGCUACACUCAGAAAGUGGACGUCUGCAUAAUUGGUUUGGGAAACCCCUGCGCUGAUAACGCUGACUGCACAGCAAAUGUGGCCCAUUCCGUAUGCGCAAAUAAUAUAUGCGCGUGCAAUGAUGGGUACCAACAUACAGGCAUGGAAUGCGUCGUUGUUUUGUUUCAGAGGAUGCAUUUACGAUGUUCAUGUGAAAUAUGCGAUUGCGAGAAACGGACGUUCUCUACAGGAAAACGGUGAUUUCCGGUUGUGACUGAAGGCCUUGUUUUGAGGGUGUUUUGCAGACCAGUGCUUGUCGGCCUGGGGAAUUUUCCAGAAAAAACUGUAGACUGCCCCCUUUACUUUCAUAGCCCCAGAUCUCACAUUGCUUUAUUGGCCUGGCCAACAAGAUGAGUUUUACACUGUAGAAAACUACCAUAGAAAUUAAACAUGACUCCUAGGUAUUUAUAUUCUUAAAAUUGAAGAAGUAUUAUCAUGGUUUGAUCGUGCCAAAAACCGUUCCUUUAGUUUUGGUUAAAUUUAUGUUCAUUUGCAAUUGUUGGCAAAAUUCAUGAACAAAAUUGAGACUAGCAUCAACAUAUGCCUAUGUCCGAAUAAAAUUGUGUCAUCUG